UUAACACUCUUAUAAUAUGUCCUUCUCAGCAAUUUAGAAAAGAGAAGAAGAGUUUGCAAGAAUUGUAGAAAACACUACCCUACCCCUUCAUGAGAUGAAGGGUAAAUCUCCCAAUUUAUCCGACGACUCUGCUACAACUUUGAAAGCCCCGAGAUGGUAGCAGGAUAUUUUAUGAUAUAUCUGUCGUGGCCCCUCGGUCCUCUGUAUGGAUUAUUGCACGAAGUACAUGAUCGAUCCCAGCGCAGGCAAAUACCAAUGUGACUUUUUCAUACUUUCAUAUUUCGAAAGUAGAAACAUUCCGGUGGCUUUAGUAGGUGAGAGCUCUACACAAUCCUUGCCUUCCCCAGGGUGUAGAAAGUCCAUAAAAUAACACCGGAUCACCAAAAGAACAGGAUACAUCAAAUAUGUCAUAGAAUCUGAUUGACACUUGCAAGAUUUGUAAUCUGUGCUCUCACAUUUUGUGAUUGUGUCAUGUCUAAAGCUGUCAAACAUGAGCACAGAAGAGAAGCAGAAGUUAGGAAACUGAGCACAUAAUUUGAAAUAAUAUAAUUCGUCGUGCUGUCUGUUUUAACUAUCUUAGUUAUGUGCAGUUCUAAUUUGUGAGAAAAUAUAACUAAUUUACUUUCUGUGUACAACAAUUCUCACAAGGCUUUCAUACUUACUACCUAUUAUGUUUGCACUUGUUUAGAGUAAAGUAAUUUCAUAACUUUAUCAAGAAAUCAAACAACUAUACAAUAGCAUUAUGGAGGACUUGCAACUAUCUCUAAACCAAUAUGAAGAGCAGCUAACUAUGGUUAAUACGACCCUUGAGUCUGUUACUGACGAUGCAGAAAAAGAAUCAAUAUUAACUUUACAGUCAGACUUGCAACAACUCAUUCAAUUAACUAAAGAGAACCUGGAUGCAAUGACUAAAGACAGUCAAAAUGUUGACUCGGAGCCUUCUGAAUCUAAGAAUGAACUAGAUGACGAAUAUGCACUCUUUAUGCAAGAGAUGGAGCAAAGUGGAGCUUAUGAACCUACUGAUAGAGAUAAGGCUGAACCAGGCCAGGGCGAAGAAGGCAAUGACAGUGAUAUUGAGGAUGAGUUGUCUACACUUUUGGGCAUGAAGUGUGCUGUCUACCAUACACACAAGUGGGGAGGUCAACCAGGCCUCUACAAUGCCAUGGUCAGUGCAAUCAUACCAAGACAAGAUGAUGACCAGUUCAAAGACCUUCAAGUCCGAGUUUUAUUCACACAUCCAACACAUGCUGAGAUGUUGCCUUGCCCGUUCUUCUUGGAUGGUGAAUGUAAAUUCAGUGAUGAACAAUGUAGAUACUCACAUGGUGCUUUAGUAAGACUAUCAGAUUUAAAAGAAGCUAUUGAACCUGAUUUCAGUUGCCUUAAAGUUGGAAGUAGAAUACUAAUGAAAUUGAAACCGCCUGAUAAUGAGGAUAUAGGUAAAACAAAAAAAUCAACAGAAAAAUAUCAUUUGUGGCAUAGAGGAGUAAUAAGGAGCAUGGAUUCAGAAAAACAAACUUGUUCAGUUAAGCUGGAACAAGGAGUCCAUGCUGGUGAUAAACGUAAACAAGGGCCAGAUGAACACAUAGUUAAAAUUGAAGAAAUAUGCCCAUUGAAUACUGAAAAUGAAGAAGACAGUGACUCAGAUGACAGUCUAAGCGACACAGAAUAUCCUCAAAGUAAAAUUAAAUGUGAAAGCACUACAGAAGUCGACAACCGCGCACUUCUUGUGGAAAAAAGUCUCCUAAAUGGAAACAAUUCACGUAUGGGAGAAUGGGAGCGCCAUACUAGAGGUAUGGGUUCCAAAUUAAUGAUGGCUAUGGGCUAUAUUCCGGGGACUGGACUAGGAGCGGCGAGCGACGGACGGGUGCAGCCGGUUGAAGCCCGAGUGUUACCUGUUGGUAAAAGUCUUGACCAAUGUAUGGCCAUUUCCGAAAAGAAUGCAGCUCAAGAUCCCUUGAAGGUUGAGCAAAAGCUUAGAAGAUUACAGAAAAGAGAAGAGGAACGUAACAAAAGAGCGUACGAGCGUGAAAAAGAGAGAGAGCGAAGAAAUGUAUUUAAUUUCCUUAACAAAACUUUAGGAGAUAAGGCAGACCAAGACAAUGAGCCUGAAUCAACCCUCGAUGUGAAACAGUCCUCGAGUAAGGACUUAAACAUCGAGCAAUUUAAAAUUACGGAAGAUAAGAAGAGGAUUGAGCGUGACAUCAUAAAACUUAACAGCUCUCUGGCAAAAUACGCGCCUAAUUCUAAUGGCUACAGAAGUAUUAACAUGCAGAUCAUAGAGAAAAAUAAAGAACUCGGCACCCUAACACAAAAAGAAAAGCAAAUAACUAAGGAACAAGCACACAGAAAAGACAAACAAAAAAUGACAGUUUUUUAACGAAGAAGUUUCUUUUAAAGUUAGGGCUAUUUAAAUGAAUUAAAACAAAUGUCGUUAAUAAAUUAAGUUUAAGUGUUAA